AUGUCGCAGAAAUUCUAUGUCACCUACAACCAGGUCCACAAACUCUGCCAGGAGUCUGGGGAUAAAAUCCUGAAAGAGUUCCACCCCAAUCUCAUGAUCGCCAUCGGCGGCGGUGGUUAUGUGCCCGCCCGCAUUCUCCGGUCUUUCCUCAAGCGCCCCGGUGACCCCAACAUCCCCAUCCAGGCCAUUGGUCUGUCGCUGUACGAGGACCUGGGCCGUGGAGACCCGGAAGAGACCCCUGGCACCAAGGUCACUCGCACGCAAUGGCUGGACCUGUCCGCGCUGGAGAUGGCCAACCUGAUCGGCAAGAACAUUCUGAUCGUUGACGAGGUCGAUGACACCCGGACGACGCUGGAGUAUGCCGUGCGCGAGCUGCAGAAGGAUGUCGAGCUGGCGCAGAAGCAUCUCGGUCGCGAGGGCGAGAAGACCAACUUCUUCGUCUUUGUCCUGCACAACAAGGACAAGCCAAAGAAGGGCACUCUGCCCAGUGAUAUGAUGGAGAGUGGCAGGUACCAUGCCGCGGUCACCACGGGCGAUGUGUGGAUCUGCUAUCCUUGGGAAGCCAAGGACAUUGACGAGCACGACGCCCUGGCCAAGGAGUACCCCGUUGUCUAA